GGAUGUAAUCCUCUGGCUGAGACUGGUCGAAGCAAACUGCAAAAUCAAAGAGCUGUCCUAAACCAACAGAUCUUAAGAGCAGUAAGAAUGAGAGCUGGUGCUGAAAAUCUUUUAAGAGCAACCACCAACAACAAAGUACGAGAGCAGGUACUACUGGAACUGAGUUUCGUAAACUCAGACCUGCAGAUCUUAAAGGAGGAAUUGGAAGGACUUAAUAUUUCAGUAGAAGUUUAUCAAAGCACAGAAGAGACUUUCAGCAUUCCCUUGGUACCUCUUGGCCUGAAGGAAACCAAGGAAGUAGACUUUACACUUCCCCUCAAGGACUUUAUUCUGGAACAUUAUAGUGAAGACAGUUCUGAGUAUGAAGAUGAAAUAGCAGAUCUCAUGGAUCUGAGACAAGCCUGCCGCACUCCUAGCCGAGAUGAAGCUGGCAUUGAGAUGUUGAUGAGCUAUUUCCUUCAACUUGGUUAUGUAGAAAACAGAUUUUUCCCACCCACCAGGCACAUGGGAGUUUUAUUUACAUGGUACGAUUCCUUCACAGGUGUCCCAGUGUGUCAGCAAAAUCUGUUGAUUGAAAAAUCUAGUAUUUUAUUCAACAUUGGAGCCCUCUACACCCAGAUUGGAACAAGAUGCAAUCGUCAGACCCAGGCUGGACUUGAAAAAGCAGUUGAUGCUUUUCAGAGGGCUGCAGGAGUCCUCAGCUACUUAAAGGAGACCUUUACUCACACACCAAGUUAUGAUAUGAGCCCAGCAAUGCUGAAUGUACUAGUAAAAAUGAUGCUUGCACAAGCUCAGGAGUGUGUUUUUGAGCAGAUUGGUCUUCCUGGAAUACGCAAUGAGUUUUUCACACUAGUGAACAUGACACAGGAAGCUGCCAAGGUGGGAGAGGUUUACAUGCUGGUUAACACUGCAAUGAAUCAGGAACCAGUGAAAGAGAAUAUCCCCUAUUCCUGGUCUAAACUGGCACAAAUAAAGUCAGACCAUUACAAAGCUCUGGCACAUUACUUCAUUGCCACCAUUCUGUGUGACCAUGAAUUGCAGUCCGGCGAUGACGAAGAUCAGCAGGAGAAAGCCUUGUCCCAGUUGUAUGACCACAUGCCUGAAGGACUGAUGGUUCUCACCGUUUUAAAGGACAAAGUUCAGAGAAAACAACUAGGGAAAGCGCAUUUACGCCAAGCCAUUGUUUACCAUGAAGAAGCUCUAAGAGUCUGUGGUCUGUGCAAAAAGCUUCGAAACAUCGAUGUUCUGCAGGAGGUUCUGACAGCUGCACAUAAGCGCUCACUUCUCAAAUAUGCUCAGCAAGAGACAGAAGAUGACUUUCUCAGUCUAAUCCAGGCUCCAGAUAUCCUCCCUAAAACAGAGCAUAAAAUAGAAACAAUUGCUCCUCAGUUUUCAAAGGUGAAAGUUAAAGACUUCUUCCACAGGCUGGGCCCACUGACAGUGUUCUCAGCCAAGCAGAGAUGGACGGCUCCACGUACCAUUCACAUCCACCGUGAAGCAGGAAAGUUAGGAUUCAGUCUGAAAGGAGGUUCACCAGUACAGAUUUAUUGUCUCGAUCCAGUUUGUUCUGCAGCAUCGAUGGGCCUAAAAGAAGGUGACUACAUUGUUUCAGUUGGUGGCAUGGAUUGCAAGUGGCUUGGAGUGAAUGAGGUGCUGGAAAAAUUCCAAAGCAUGGGAGAGCAGCCCAUUGAGAUUGAGGUUAUCAGUUGCCAGGAUACAGCGGCAUCUAUGCAUAGUAAGAGUGCAACUUACUCUGUGGGAAUGCAGAAGACCUAUUCCUUAAUCUGUUUAGCCAUGGAAGAGGAUAAGAUUGAUCAGACCAAGAAAGCCCCACUAAAACUGCCGUUUCUGAGUUGGGGAACUAAAAAUAGACAGAAAGCUGCAAGCACCCUUUGCCUUCCUUCAGCUGUGGCUGGAAGUUCUCAGAUUAAGAAGAAGCUUUCUCCCUUCACGCUUCUGAAUACAGAAAGUUCAUUGUACUGA